UCCCAGCAGCCAGUGCGCGGCUGAGGGUUUCCGACACAGACCACUGGAGCAGCAGAAGCGCCGCAGUUCAACUCGAGUCUCAUGUAGUUUAAUAACAACUCGGGUGUUCCUAUAGUGUGUGUGUGUGAGAGAGAGAGAGAGAGAGUGUGUGUGUGAGUGUGUGCACCGUUAUACACGGAGUCAGGCAACAUGGGCAACGGAAUGAACAAGGUGCUGCCUGAUCUGUAUCUGGGCAACUUUAAAGACGCCAGAGACAGAGAGCAGCUGGCGAGGAACAACGUCACACACAUCCUGUCCAUUCAUGACACCGCGGCGCCCAUCUUACAAGAGAUGACCUAUCUGUGCAUCCCUGCUGCUGAUCUUCCCACACAGGACCUGAAGAAGCAUUUCAAACAGAGCAUCAUGUUUAUGCAUGAGUGCAGGCUGAAAGGAGAAGGAUGUCUGGUCCACUGUCUGGCGGGUGUGUCUCGCAGCGUUACGCUGGUCGUGGCUUACAUCAUGACAGUGACGGGUCUGGGCUGGCAGGAGGCGCUGGCAGCGGUCAGGGUGGCACGGCCCUGCGCCACGCCCAACCCCGGCUUCCAGAAACAGCUGCAGGAGUUUCAGAGCACGCAGGCGGAAGAGUUCCGGGCUUGGCUGAGGAGGGAGUAUAAAGAUUGUCCCUUUAAUGAUGAGGAACACGUACGCAACUUGCUGGCUCAGGCCUCCAGCAACAGCACAGAACCCGCCGUGUCCAUGAAUGCGUGAGGACGGAGCGCUCGGAGCUGUCCACCGUCGUCACGGCGAUCACUGUGCUGCUUCAUAGGGGGACAGAAUGUCAGCCUGCGUCUUCGCGCUUCUUAUCUCACGGCCGCUUCCUUUACGUCCUGGCCUUACAGCUGUACUUUAACUUAUUGCCUCUUUUGUACAUAAACGAUGCAGAUGUUUUUACUGGAAUAAAUCUGAUUCAUGUCGGAACGCAACACAAUGACUGUUAGUGAUUAAUCUCUAUUUAGCCAUACACAUGAUUAAAAAAAAAAAUCCCCACGCUAAUAACUCGUUCAUGGAGGAUGUGCCUUUAAAGCAUGAAACCAUUAUCUCUUUGCUUUUUUUUUUUUUUUUUUCCAAUUUCUAAUACAGUCCACUCAGUGCAGGAGAAACAUUGGACUGUUGGAUAGGUUAUAAAAAAAACUAAUUAAAUUAAACUUUAUAUAUAUUUUUUUAUGGGUUUUUAUUUAUUCACUAAGGAA